CGGCGAGGGAGGGAGCCAGAGCCGAAGCCGGGCCGGGCCCCGCGAAAGCAACAGCAAAACCAGCUCCUCCUUCUCCUCCGCCUCGAUUGUGAAGCUGGACAGUGACCUUGGGUUACUCUUGGAGAGGGAUGGUUUGAAGAAAUGGUAACUGGUCCUUAUUGUUCUAAGUUUUUUCCCCACUGUAGCUGAAUGAUCUUAAGCUAUUGAAACGAAAACCUGUCGCCUACUUCAGUCUCUCCUGGUGAAUAAAACCAAACCGAAAACAAACUGGCCUAUGAUUAUUGCCCUGGAUGAAAUUGGAAAGCUGACUGUACAUAAGUCCACCAAGGUUGGAAGAUUUCUUGAAAGAAUCUUAGACUCCUUCAGCUUGCCAUGCUUAGCCUGGAGCCAGGCUUGCUGCUGCAGGUUGUGCUGCUAGCAUCGCACAUAUUUGGAGGAAAUGGCUCUUGAAGUUAAAUGAGGCUGGAUAAAACACCUAAAUGAAGCAGAAGCUGUUCUUCGUGUGUUAGGGCUAUAUCACUGCAAGCACUGCUGAUCAGCCAGACUUGGUAACUUGUCAUAAUGAAGAAAAUUAGUCUCAAAACAAUUCGCAAGUCCUUUAACUUAAAUAAAAGUAAAGAUGAAAGUGACUUUGUAGUGGUUCAGCAACCGUCAUUAAGUGAAUUUGGAAAAGAUGACUCCUUGUUUGGCAGCUGCUAUGGUAAAGAUUUGGCUAGCUGUGAAGUCAAUAGUGAAGAUGAAAAAGGAGGCAAAAAUAGAUCAAAAAGUGAAAGUUUAAUGGGUACAUUAAAAAGGAGGCUUUCAGCAAAACAAAAGCAGAAAGGCAAAGGCAGCACACCAUCUGUAAGCUCUGCAGAUGAUGACACAUUUUCUUCCUCAUCUGCUCCAAUAACCUUCAAAGAUGUGCGAGCUCAAAGACCUCUGAGAUCCACUUCCCUCCGUAAUCACCAUUACAGCCCAACUCCGUGGCCCCUUCGACCUACAAAUUCAGAGGAAACUUGCAUCAAAAUGGAAGUGAAAGUCAAGGCCUUGGUCCAUUCCUCUAAUCCAAGCCCAGCACUGAAUGGUGUUCGAAAGGACUUCCAUGACUUGCAGACAGAAAAUGUGUUCCAGGAACAAACCAAUGCGUUAAAAAGUACGGAAUCUCAGAACGGGGACUUGCAUCUUCAUAUCGAUGAACAUGUGCCUGUAGUUAUUGGAUUAAUGCCUCAGGACUACAUUCAGUAUACUGUGCCUUUAGAUGAGGGAAUGUAUCCUUUGGAAGGAUCACGUAGUUACUGUCUGGAUAGUUCCUCACCCAUGGAAGUUUCGACUGUUUCUCCUCAAGUGGGGGGAAAUGCUUUCCAUGAAGAUGAGAGCCAAGUGGAUCAGGAUGUAGUCGUUGCACCGGAUAUCUUUGUGGACCAGACGGUGAAUGGUUUGUUGAUUGGUACCACAGGAGUCAUGUUGCAAAGCCCAAGAGUUAAUCAUAGUGAUGUCCCUCCACUCUCACCUUUGCUACCUCCAAUGCAGAAUAAUCAAAUCCAAAGGAACUUCAAUGGAUUAAAUGGCACAGAUGCCCAUGUGGCUGAAAGUAUGCGCUGCCAUUUGAAUUUUGAUCCUAACACUGCCCCAGGAGUUGGAAGAGUUUAUGACUCUGUACAGAACAGCGGUCCUAUGGUUGUGACAAGCCUCACAGAAGAACUGAAAAAACUUGCAAAACAAGGAUGGUACUGGGGCCCCAUUACACGCUGGGAGGCAGAGGGAAAAUUAGCUAAUGUGCCUGAUGGCUCGUUUCUCGUUCGAGAUAGUUCUGAUGAUCGUUAUCUUUUAAGUUUGAGUUUUCGUUCCCAUGGAAAAACUCUUCACACUAGAAUUGAACACUCAAAUGGUAGGUUUAGUUUUUAUGAACAGCCAGAUGUGGAGGGACAUACGUCUAUAGUUGACUUAAUUGAACAUUCAAUCAGGGACUCUGAAAAUGGAGCUUUCUGCUAUUCGAGAUCCCGGCUGCCUGGAUCUGCAACUUACCCAGUGAGACUGACAAAUCCAGUAUCCCGGUUUAUGCAGGUGCGCUCUUUACAGUACCUGUGUCGUUUUGUAAUACGUCAGUACACCAGAAUAGACCUGAUUCAAAAACUGCCUUUGCCAAACAAAAUGAAGGAUUAUUUACAGGAAAAGCACUACUGAAAGCUUACGGGAAUCUUGCAUCUUGCACUUUGGGAACAACAACAACAAAAAGAGAUUGAAUUACAGUUUACAGACUUUCAUUAUUAUAAAAAUCUUUUGCUGCCAUAAAAAUAUUUCAUUUUUGUGUGUAAAAGAAAAGUAAUGCAUUUGGAUUUAUGUUUGUUUUGGGGGGUUUUGUGUAUUUUGGGAGGCUUUUUUUUCUUGUUUCGUUUUGUUGGAAAGACUGAUCUCAAGUUUAUUUUUAGAAGUGUGAAAUAGCUAUCUUUCAUCAAUGUGCAGAUUAAUCACAAUGUGAAUGAUCAAAUUCUCCUUAAUUUCCCCCAAGUCCUUUGCUGCUAUCCACUGUGAUUUUUAUGCAUUGAAAGCACAUUUCAUGUGUAUUCAACGAUAAGUAAAAGUCAAAUUAAACUUG